AUGCGUGACGACGGAGGAGUCGGGGACAAGGGGGGGGGUACCGACGCAAGACCAACCGCAAAACCGACCGCGGUUCGACCGACAGACCAGUCCCCAUUCGUGGUGGCAGCGGCGGCUACAUGUUUGUCCGCACGCUCUCAAGGUUACGAGACGGCUCGACCUCGCGACCGGUCCGUGACCACCACCGGACAAGAGUCCGCCGCAGCGACCGCCGUCGUGCAUGAUUUACCCACCCUUUGCACUCAGCGACAGAGACGGCUGUAA